GCAGCAGCACAACAGACAUCAUGCUGUGCUUGUGGCUUCUGGUUGUGUUUUGUGUCUGCCUACUGUUCCUCUUUAUCAGGAUCCAGAGGCCCAAGAACUUUCCUCCUGGACCACAACCCAUCCCUCUAUUCGGGAACUUGUUUCAUUUCAACAUCAAAAAUCCUCUAAAAGACUUCGAGAAGUUGGCUGAACAAUAUGGAAACAUUUACAGCCUGUAUUUUGGAACAAAACCAGCUGUUGUCCUUAAUGGUUUAAAUGCUGUACGAGACGCUCUGGUGAACAAAUUUGCAGACUGUUCCGGACGUCCACAAAACCUCGUUAAAGAUGUAACUGAAGGAAAAGGAGUCAUAAUCGCUGAUUACGGCCCUCAAUGGAAGGAGCAUCGGCGCUGCCUCAUGACCCUGAGGAACUUUGGCUUGGGGAAACAGUCAAUGGAGAAGAGGAUUCUGACAGAACUUGAACAACUAGUUGUAAGACUGGAGAAACAUGCUGGCAAUUCCUUGUAUCCUGAAACUUUGUUCCAUGAUGCAGCAUCAAAUAUCAUUUACCUGGUUUUGUUUGGCACACGCUAUGAAUAUGGAGAUGAAAAGCUUAAAGUCUACGUUCGUCUGUAUACUGAAAAUGCAAAGCUUUUUAGUGGAGCUUGGGCGAUGAUCUAUGAUGCACUCCCGAUGUUAAGGUCCUUACCCCUUCCCUUCCAAAAAGCCUUCAAAAAUUACGCCACACUUAGAAUGUUGACAUCGAAGAUGAUCAAAAAGCACAAGACAACGAGAGUCCCGGGAAAACCGAGAGACUUUGUCGACUGCUAUCUGGAUGAACUCGAUAAGAAAGACCCUCAGUCCACUUUCAGUGAAGAACAACUGGUGACGUAUAUCAUGAAUCUGCAUGUAGCAGGAACCGAGACCACGUCGAACACGAUCCUUACAUCGAUUCUCUAUCUCAUGGCUCAUCAAGACAUCCAAAAAAAAUGCCAGCAAGAGAUUGAUGAUGUUCUACAGGGGAAAGCUUGUAUCUCUUUUGAGGACAGACAUGACAUGCCGUACACACAGGCUGUGAUUCACGAGUGUCAGCGCAUCGCCAACACCACCCCUCUGAGUGUGUUCCACUGUACCACAAGAGACACUGAAGUAUUGGGAUACAGCAUUCCAAAGGGAACUAUGAUCAUCCCCAACCUGUCCUCUGUAUUAAGUGAAGAAGGCCAGUGGAAGUUUCCUCAUGAGUUCAACCCAUCCAACUUCCUCAAUGAUCAAGGACAGUUUGAGAAGCCUGAGGCCUUCAUACCAUUUUCUGCUGGUCCUCGUGUGUGUCUGGGUGAAGGUCUGGCUCGCAUGGAGCUCUUCCUCUUCAUGGUCACGCUGCUGCACCGCUUUCAGUUCAUCUGGCCUGAAGAUGCAGGAGAACCAGAUUUCACUCCUGUGUUUGGAUUAACACUGACACCCAAACCGUACAGGAUGGAAGUCAGACUGAGAAAGCCAGCUGGAGAAAUGUAGAAUCAGUAUCAUUUCAUAAUGGCUUAUAAAAUGAGUUUGUCCUUCUGACACGUGAAAGUUACUCUAGUAUUCACAUUAGAUUGUUCUAAUCAAAAUGGGUUGUUGGAUGUUUCAAUCACUUACUUUCUCAUAGGCUGAUUUAUCCGAUCUUGUGGAGGUUUUUCGUAGAGAAAUUCGUAAAAAAAAAUAAAAGGUGAAUCUGAGGUCUUUUAUCCAUAUAAAAUAUAACUGCUAAUUGUAAACCUGCAUCCUGUUUUGACUAAUGAUUAAAAAGUCGAAUUUGUCAGAA